AUGGUCCCACACUUCGGAAAUCACGGGUGCAAACAAUUCAUAAAAGGGAAAUCAAUCCGAUACCGAUUAAAAUUUUGGUGUGGAUAUAUUAUUUGGCUCGAACCCUACCAGGGAGCUGGCACGUGUAGUAAGGAUUAUGAGACGAAAGGUAUGGGGUACGGAGUGGUAAUGACUUAUGUUGACCAGUUACUUCCACGUGUUCCAUAUCGAAUAUACUUUGAUAACCUCUUCACCAGCGUAGAACUUCUACAUGACCUAAAAGAGAGGGGCGUGGAAGUAACAGGAACAAUAAGAGGAAACAGAGUUAACAAUUGUACUCUAUCACCUGUAGAAAAAUUGAUAAAAGAAAAUAGAGGAUCAUAUGAAGUUUGUUCUGACUCAGCACCCGGGAUUUCCAUUGUAUGUUGGAAUGAUAACAAUGUUGUUACUGUAGCCACCAACUUUGACAGAGUGUAA